AUGGAUAACCUGCUGCUGCUGCUGCUGCUCCUUACUUGGAGCUCAGAUCCUACUUGGCCAGAGCUAUGGCUCUGGCAUGUCUGCCUGUUUCCUCCUGUCGUCGCACCAUUUUCCGAUGUUCGAUUACAGAUGCCUGUUGCCACCGAGGUGUUACUGCUCCAAAACCAAAUCCUCCUCUGCCCUGUUGGAUGUGACCCACCACAUUACGAUACUGAAGAGCAGAUUUGGAGUCCAGCCUGAAGGAGAACACAUUUCAAUAGAACCUGGUGAUGUCAGGUUGGUGGGAGGAGCCAGUCGCUGUGCAGGUAUACUGGAGCUGAAACAUCUGGGAGAAUGGAGACCAGUCAGUGGCUCAUUCUAUGUUGUGACCGCGAAAGUAGCAGCUGUCUUCUGUGAACAUCUGGACUGUGGCUCUGUUGUUAAUGUAGAAAAACAAUAUGAGUCCACAGAGAGAUCUGUGUGGAGGAUCAACAUUGACUAUGCUAAUCCUGGAUCUGCUCUGAGGAAUUGUACAAAUUCAGCUGAAUCUUCCGACAUUCUGAAUGCCACCUGCUCAGACUCUGUCAGGCUGCUGAAUGGUUCCAAUCUGUGUUCAGGCAGACUGCAGGUGAAGUCUAACCAGAAAUGGUCCUCAGUGUGUGAAGCUGACUUUGACCUGCAGGAUGCAGAGGUGGUCUGUAGGGAGCUUGGCUGUGGGCCUCCUUCAGUCCUCCAGAGGGCGCUCUAUGGAGAAGUGGAGACUCCAGUAUGGAGCAAAGAGUUCCAGUGUGAAGGCCAUGAGUCUGCUCUCCUGGACUGUAGAAGCUCAGGCUCAGCUAGAAGCAGCUGCUCACCUGGCAAAGCUGUUGGACUCACCUGCUCAGAACCUCUCGGGCUGGUGGGAGGAGCCAGUCGCUGUGCAGGUACACUGGAGUUCAAACAUCUGGGAGAGUGGAGACCAGUAUCUGGGUUUUCCUCUAAGUGGACUCUGAAGUCAGCAGCUUUUGUUUGUGAACAUCUGGACUGUGGGUCUGCUGCUUAUACAGGAAAUACAAACAGGUUACCAUACCAGGCCAAAGGUAUGUGGCCGAUGGAACCUGACUGUCUUCAGUCUGGCUCUGCUCUGAGAGAGUGUUUAACAUCACAUGUUGGACUUCCAUAUGGAGUACAUAUUGUGAUGACAGAAUACUCUAGCCACGUGUAUCUCACCUGUUCAGACUCUGUCAGGCUGCUGAAUGGUUCCAGUCUGUGUUCAGGCAGACUGCAGGUGAAGUCUAACCAGAAAUGGUCCUCAGUGUGUGAAGCUGACUUUGACCUGCAGGAUGCAGAGGUGGUCUGUAGGGAGCUUGCCUGUGGGCCUCCUUUGGUCCUCCAAGGGGGGCUCUAUGGAGAAGUGGAGGCUCCAGUGUGGAGCAAAGAGUUCCAGUGUGGAGGCCAUGAGUCUGCUCUCCUGGACUGUAGAAGCUCAGGCUCAGCUAGAAGCAGCUGCUCACCUGGCAAAGCUGUUGGACUCACCUGCUCAGAGCCUGUCAGAUUGGUGCGAGGAGCCAGUCGCUGUUCAGGACAGAGAGACGACUCCUUAUGGGGAGAUCGUAUGAGCAUCAACCCUGACUGUGUUCAUUCUGGACCUGCCCUGAAGGAUUGUGCAACAUUAGGUUACUCCAGUUACAACUUGGAUCUCAAGUGUUCAGACUCUGUCAGGCUGCUGAAUGGUUCCAGUCUGUGUUCAGGCAGACUGCAGGUGAAGUCUAACCAGAAAUGGUCCUCAGUGUGUGAAGCUGACUUUGACCUGCAGGAUGCAGAGGUGGUCUGUAGGGAGCUUGCCUGUGGGCCUCCUUUGGUCCUCCAAGGGGGGCUCUAUGGAGAAGUGGAGGCUCCAGUGUGGAGCAAAGAGUUCCAGUGUGGAGGCCAUGAGUCUGCUCUCCUGGACUGUAGAAGCUCAGGCUCAGCUAGAAGCAGCUGCUCACCUGGCAAAGCUGUUGGACUCACCUGCUCAGAGUCUCAUGUCAGGUUGGUGGGAGGAGCCAGUCAGUGCACAGGUACACUGGAGGUGAAACACCUGGAAGAAUGGAGACCAGUGCAUGGCUCUGAUUGGACCCUGAAGGAAGCAGCUGCUGUUUGUGAACAUCUGGACUGUGGCUCUGCUGUUUAUGUAGGAGAGAGAGAAGAGUUCUCAUACAGAUCCGUGUGGGAGAUCAAACCUGACUGUGUUAACUUUCGAUCUGGUCAAAUCGAGUGCGCAACAUCAACUCUUUUAUCCUCCAUCCUGGAUCUCACCUGCUCCGACUCUGUCAGGCUGCUGAAUGGUUCCAGUCUGUGUUCAGGCAGACUGCAGGUGAAGUCUAACCAGAAAUGGUCCUCAGUGUGUGAAGCUGACUUUGACCUGCAGGAUGCAGAGGUGGUCUGUAGGGAGCUUGCCUGUGGGCCUCCUUUGGUCCUCCAAGGGGGGCUCUAUGGAGAAGUGGAGGCUCCAGUGUGGAGCAAAGAGUUCCAGUGUGGAGGCCAUGAGUCUGCUCUCCUGGACUGUAGAAGCUCAGGCUCAGCUAGAAGCAGCUGCUCACCUGGCAAAGCUGUUGGACUCACCUGCUCAGCGCGUGUUGAUGUCAGGUUGGAGGGAGGAGCCAGUCGCUGUGCAGGUACACUGGAGGUGAAAGUGAGAGAAUGGAGACCACUGGCUGACUAUGACUAUUUCGGAGAAGAUGGAUAUCUUACCUGCAAACAUCUGAACUGUGGCUCUCCUGCUUCUAUAGUAAUUAGACAAAAAUUCUCAUACAGUUCUGUGUGGAAGAUUAAACGUCACUGUAUUGAGUCUGGAUCUACUCUGAGAGAGUGUGUGAAAUCAAGAAUAUCAGGAAGAUCAAGCCCAAGAUCACGAAGGUCACAAAUAAUUCCAAGACCACAUGUAUUAGAUUUUGUCUAUAUUCUGGAUGUCACCUGCUCAGAAGUGCUGGUUCAGCCAAACAUCUCUGUGUCUUCCUCCAUGGAUGUGGUGUCUGAAGCCCAGCAGCAUUGGCUUCAGCUUUUUAGAGGCUCCAGCUUCAACAUCAGCUGCUCCAUUCAGCCACAGUACCCUGGAGGCUUCUUCCAGCUCACCUUCACUUCCUCCAACACAUCAUACAACUACACCCAGCCAGCUGUCAAUCACUCUUCCCACUUCCUGUUUCCUGCUGCAGAGCCGGCCCACCAAGGACGUUACAGCUGUCUUUAUCACGUACACGCUUUGUCACAUAGCUUAUACUCUGAAAGCCACCGGCUGUCUGUGUCUGUCUCAGAUCCUCCAGAUCCCACAGGUUUCAUCAUCAGAGCGGUCGUCCUACCACUGAUUCUGCUGCUGGAGAAUCUUGUCCUGUAUUUCUACUGUAAGGCCAGCAGGGGGAUAAAGCUGGGCAGACGGGAGAACAUUGAGCUGGUUGACCGUAACCUCGGUGGUGGUGCAGCUGAAGGAGGGCCAGCUGAAGAGGAAGGAGUUCAGGGAGCAGAAGAGGACCUCUGAGGAGUUCAUCUCACAUCCUGAUGAAUUUCUGAGCUGACUCAUAAGUGACUAUCCCAUCGGCUGAGUCAAAGAUUCUUUUUCUAUUGAAGAUCCAUUAAAGCAAUCAGGCUGGAAUGAUUCUGUAGUUUUCUUACCAUUAACAUUAAAAUACCUAAACCAUAAAUGUUUUUAUGAAUCUCUCUGGAUUUUCUGAUCUCCAUGCCAACUGUUUCCUGCUAAACAUAUUGAAUGCAGUUUGAAUUUCAGGUGCUUUUACUGGUUCUGCUCUCCCAGUUAAAAUCAAGAGGUGACGGGUUGUGUUCAAACUUUUUCAGAAGAAAGUACAGGAAAAAAAAUCUCUCAUUUAAAAAGAUUUAAUCAUGUUCAUAUUAUCCUACUACUGAUUCUAAUAUAUAGUUUGGGACAUUUGGCCCAGAGAAUAUCUAUUUGACAUCUCUUUUAUUCUGUCUUAGCUAUUCUGGUAUUGUUGCACCGCUAAUAUAUAUAUCUAUGUUUUGUAAUUUUUUUUUACCUCAUUUAUUUACUUCUUCCUUUUAUUUGAUUACAUUGUCCCUCCAUUCAGCACUUUGGGCAACUCUUGUAAAUGUACUAUACAAAUAAAGCUGACUUGACUUGAUUGUAUUUAUUUAUCGUCAAUUAACAACAUCUACCAGCAAAAGCUAUUUUACAUUGUAAGGAAGAGACCAAACAACUCCAAAAACUG